AUGGCCGGAAAGGGAAAGAGAGAGAGAGAGAGAGCGUAUCUAGAGGAUGGAAGCAGGGUAUUGGAGACGCUGGUUGCCGCUUGUAAUGGCAGGCCUAUUCCCAUACGUAGCUUCUCCAUUGAAGAGAUUACGUUGGCAACUGAUAACAAAAAUUCAGGUCCUGCUCUGCCAUGGGAUACAUGGCAUAUGGGUUCUCUUAAAGGUAGAGAGAUUUCUGUGAAGAAGUAUGCUAAACGGAACCAAGUCCUUACUGAUAUGGCUAUUUCUGCAAAGAUGAGGGCGCACAAGAAUGUCUUAAUGCUAAUAGGUUGCUGUCUCGAGACUCCAAUUCCUCUUUUAGUAUUCGAAUCGACUCAGAAUGGAACUCUUGCUGAUCGGAUUUAUGCCUAUGAUUAUGUCGGAACUCCACUGCAACGACAACCCACAGGGUGGCAGAGCAGGUUAAACAUUGUAAGGGAUAUUGCUCAUGCAAUCGCAUAUCUUCAUCAUGCGUUUUCCAAACCCAUCAUCCAUAGAGACAUAAACCUUCGAAAUAUCAUCUUCGACCAACAUGAUAUUCCCAAACUAUCUGGAUUUUCACUUUCCAUACCAAUCCCAGAGAAUGAAACUCGAGUAUAA